AUGCCUGUUCAUCGUUUGAUAUCCAGAACUUGGAAGAAAGAGAUGAGAUACAAUAAGGUUGCCGGUUAGAUCGGGCCAAGUGGAGCUGCCAUAUGCCGGUUAAUCCCAACGCCCUACAUUGCCGCCUUGGGUAAUCCCUUCUACGCACCGGUACUGAUCUUCCCAGUCAGCUGUCAUGUUGUCCUCUUCGAGCCCAAGAAUCUGCGAUACUCAGGGCCCUGGCGUCGAGCCGGCGGCAUUAAUAGCCACUGCUCUUUCGCAAAAUGGAGUACCAGCAGCUCUGUGGGGACUUCACGCGUCAGCUCUAUACGAUGGAGAGCUCGUUCCUUUGGAUAUUGAGAUUAUCAUAAAUGACGCAGAUCAAGAACGCGCCUUUGCAAUCCUCACAUCAGACGGCUUCCUUCCUUCAAUUCCCGACGAAAACCCAAGACCACCUGAUAUGGGCUAUACUAACUGGCGCGAACAAUACUCUUCACCCAGCCACUACCGCGACCGUCGCAAAUUCUACCACGGCACGCCUAUAUACGAACUUCCACCGCGACAAACAAAUCCGAAUCCCGAACACGAUUCCACUCGCCCAUGGAUCAUAAUCUAUUCAGCCGAGUUUGCGGGCCUUGCGCCAAUUCCAAGCUGGACCAAUCUUACACAAGAUACAAGAUUCGCACCACUAUCUGCACUCCCGAAAGCCAUUGCCAUAUGCCACGUCCCAACAGACUUAAGAAACUGCUUAGUGCCGACCUUCGAGAGUCUGGUGGAAUCAGAAAUGCACGUUCUUUUGCAACAUACCGAGCUCAAGUCGGCCUCAUGGGCUCACCAUAUGGACCAACUAUCAGCACUUGCUCACUCAGGGUGCUGUUAUGGGGGUAUGGAUGGUCUGUCUGAGAUUGUUUCUCCGCGAUUCAAACAUUUCACUGUGUGGAUUUGGCAUAGCCAAAGGGGUAGACAAGAUUAUAGGGCUUUGAAGAGGUUACAGAGUGAUUAUAAAAAUCCAAGAGGGCGAGAUAGGUCUUCAUUUGCAGUCGGUAUUGUGGGUUGUGUUGUGUCGAUAAAGGCAAAAUUCGGCCGGCGAAUAAGUGCAUUUGCUCACCAACGAUCUAAUACUAUUUAAUAUGAGAAUGUAUCCAGUGCUAACUAUACUAAUCCACAAUACAUACAAUCAAGAGAGA